AUGCAAAUUGCAGGAGCCAAAAGAGGGAAGAAGAAUACACCUACCUAUAAGGCUGCGGAUGCCAAUGGGAGGAUGAUAUGCGCUGCCAGCGGGGUGGGCUCGGGAUAUCAAUAG